GCUGCGUCACCUGACCAGGACGGCGGAGGGGCGAUGGCGGCGCCCGUGAUGCGUUGGUGUGGUCCUGCAAGGCGUUGGGCUUUAGCAUGCAUUGCCCGCGAUUCUCGCCACGGAAGAGGGGCUCCGACUGGGUCCAGGUCCAGCGGGAAAAGGGGACAGAGCUCAGUUGCUCAGCAGCCCCUCAGCACGGCCCAGAAGCCGAGGAAAGGUGAACAUGAAUGGGCAGCUGUGGUAGGUUUGGAAAUUCAUGCCCAAAUUUCCUCCAACUCAAAACUCUUCUCUGGAUCUCAAGUCCUCUUUGCAGCACCUCCGAAUUCUUUAGUAUCUUUUUUUGAUGCAUCUCUGCCUGGAACUUUGCCGGUUCUCAACAGGAGGUGCGUGGAGGCAGCAGUGAUGACAGGCUUGGCACUGAACUGCCACAUAAACAAGAAGUCCUUGUUUGACAGGAAGCACUACUUCUAUGCAGACCUCCCUGCAGGCUAUCAAAUUACCCAGCAGAGGCUCCCAAUCGCUGUGAACGGCAGCUUGACGUACAGUGUCUGUCUGGGGAAGAAGCGGAGUCAGGUGAUCAACAAGAUAGUGAGGAUCAAGCAGAUCCAGCUGGAGCAAGACAGUGGCAAGAGCCUCCACGACGACCUGCGGUCUCAGACGCUCAUUGACUUGAACAGGGCGGGAGUUGGCCUUCUGGAAGUGGUCCUGGAGCCAGACAUGUCCUGUGGAGAAGAGGCGGCAACAGCGGUCAGGGAGCUGCAGCUGAUACUUCAAGCCCUGGGGACCAGCCAGGCAAACAUGGCAGAGGGCCAGUUGAGAGUGGAUGCCAAUAUAUCUGUGCAUCGCCCUGGGGAGCCUUUGGGUGUUCGGACUGAAGUGAAGAAUCUCAACAGUGCCAGGUUCUUGGCCAAAGCAAUAGACUAUGAAAUUCAGAGGCAAAUCAAAGAACUUGAGAAUGGAGGUGAAAUUCUGAAUGAAACUCGCUCCUUUGAUUACAAGCUGGGGUGCACCGUGCCAAUGAGGGACAAAGAAGGAAAGCAAGACUACAGGUUUAUUCCCGAGCCCAACCUGCCUCCCCUGCUGCUCUACGACUCAGAGUCUCUGCCUGCUGGCGCAGACCCGCAGCAGGUGGUCAACAUUGACCAGAUCCGGGAGCAGCUCCCCGAGCUCCCCAGCGUGACCCGGGAGAAGCUUGUCCAACAGUAUGGGAUGCUGCGGGAGCACAGCCUCACCUUACUGAAUGAAGUUGGCCUACUGGAGUUCUUCCAGAAUGUGAUAAAAGAAACUAGGGCAGAGCCCAAAAAAGUGACGAGUUGGGUCCUCAACACUUUUCUAGGCUAUUUAAAGCAACAGAACCUUGCUGUCAGUGAGAGUCCUGUCACACCUUCUGCACUGGCCGAGCUUCUCAACCUCCUAGACCGGAAAACCAUUUCUUCAGCAGCAGCUAAACAGGUGUUUGAGGAGCUGUGGAGGAGUAAAGGGAAGACUCCAGCGCAGAUUGUUUCAGAAAAGCAGCUUGAACUGAUGCAGGAUCACGAGGCCCUGGAACAGCUCUGCCAGGCCACACUGGAGGAACAUCCUCAAGUGGUAAUGGAUAUGAAGAAGGGAAACCCCAGAGCUAUAAAUAAACUGAUUGGAUUGGUCCGAAAAGCAACUGUCAGCCGAGCAGAUCCGACUGUGAUAAAGGAGAUACUGGAGAAGCAGCUGUCGUCAUGAGAUAUUUCGGGUCCCUCUGCCUGAGGGAGACAGUGAAGCCACAACAGAACUAGAGCCUUGAAGCCUGAUGUCCAUGAGCUCGACGUACUGGCAUCUCCCAGUCCCUGGCCAGCCAGACCCGGGGAAGCAGUCUCACCCCUGUUUUCGUCAUUGACAUCAAAACGGCUCCAUCAUAGCUGCAAAGGUGGUUAAAAAACACACAUUCUAGUGCUUAAUAAUUCUGAACUAAAUGAAACAUAUUGUCUCAGACACUGUUACCUCUCUAAGGAAAGUUCAUUCUGCAGUUCCUUCAACAAAUAUUUCUGAGCACAUGCUAAGGGCCAGCAUCAUUCUAGGUGCUGGGGACUAGCAGUGAGUGAGUGAGCGAGAGACCAGAAUCCGGGUGCAGUGUUUUAGACCUAAAAAGAGGUUGAUUAAGAGGAAGACAAGAUAAAUCCAUUGGCAGUAUAAACAUACGUGUGUUUAGAGAGGCCUCACGAGGGCAGGGAAGGAGCAUAUUAGUCUUGUAUUAGGUAUUAGGACCAGUCACCCAUCCCCUGCGUAGAAAUGGUGUCCAUUCAGCUCCUGAGGGACCCAGGAGGCAAUGCUUUGAGAACAAAUGAUUUUUUUCUUUUUGGUAAAAUAGACAACAGACAUUUUCAAAUAAAUUUAAUGAAUAAAAUAUAUACUGAAAUAUCACAUAAAAAAUUAACUUACACUUCAAAGAUUGUGCAACUGACAAUCCCCCACCCACCCUCAGGCCAAAAAGAGAUAAAAAGAAUAAUAAGCUGUAACAUCAAAUUGAUUUGUUUCGCCUGGAAAGGAUAAGAUUAUAAACUGGCAAGUCAAAAUCUUGACCUUUAACAGUAAGUGUGGUACAGCUAACAGUAUCUCCGUGAGGGCUCGUUGCUUCGCCGCUGUUCUUGUGACAGUAAUAAUAUUUCUGUCUCCGCACUGGGACGCCCCUUAGUUCAUCUUACGCCUUUGUUACCUCUGACUCACAUGCUUAAAGACCAGUUUUGCAAAUGGUGUUUUUUAAAAGCACAUGUCAAAUUGUGACAUAAGAAAAUUUUUGGAAGCCCUGA